AUGAGCGGACCAGGAGCUGGCCACCAAUUUCCCAGCGAGGAGGUGAGCUGGUUAAAGAGAGACCUCCUUCUCUUUGCUAACAGCAUUGGAUGCACAGCUGAAGAACUUCAUUUUCUCUACGAGCUACACCCGAACUUUGCAGCUUUUCCCACAUAUCCUAUCAUUUUACCAUUUAAAUACAAAUCACAAGAAGUCGUCGAUUUUUACUCAAGCAAAGCCUCAAGGGACAUUCCUGGAGUGCCUGCCCUUGAUCCCCGACGUACCGUCGAUGGACAAAGAAAAAUGACAUUUUAUAAACCCUUGCCGGUUACCAGCGAAGGCCGCAAGUUCGAGCUACGAUCCAAGGUCAUCGGCGUAUAUGAUAAGGGCAAAGUUGGCACCGUCGUGGAAAUGGAGAACUUGAUCGUGGAUAAAGAGACCGGAGAAGUGUACACGAAGGUAGUUGGAAGUGCAUUUUAUAUUGGUCAAGGGAACUGGGGUGGUCCAAAGGGCCCUGCGAGCGUCAACUUCUCUCCACCCAAAGGAAAGACCCCUGACGCAGUCCAUGAGUACCAGACCACCGAUAAUACUGCCCUGCUCUAUCGUCUCAAUGGCGAUUAUAAUCCCCUUCACGCAGAUCCAGUGCCAGGGAAGAAGAUGGGUUUUGGUGGCAUCAUAAUCCAUGGCCUCUUCAGUUGGAACAUGGCUGCCCAUGCCGUGCUUGAGAAGCUCGGAGGCAGUGAUCCAAAGAACAUAAAGGAGUUCCAGGCUCGCUUUGCCUCUCCGGUUCGACCUGGAGAUAAGCUGGUGACAGAGAUGUGGAGGACAGGUAAAUCUGAGGACGGGUUCGAAGAGGUUAUUUUCGUCACCAAAAAUGGACAAGGCAAGGUUGUCUUGAGCAAUGGCCGUGCUCUUGUGAGGGUUGUAGGGGGUAAGAGCAAGCUGUAG